UAGCGUAAAAGAAAUGUUCAAUCACUCGAUUGAUAAAUAUGGAAUACAAUAUACGCGGUAUAUUGGCGAUGGCGAUAGUGCCACAUAUAAAGGCAUAUUAAAUUUAGACCCAUACGAUAUCCCAGUGGAAAAACUAGAGUGCUACUUACACGUACAAAAAAGAAUGGGAACGCGAUGCCGCAAUUUAAAAAAGCAAACCAAGGGCUUAGGAGGAAAAAGUAAGAGUACGGUGAAACUAACCGAAAAAUUAAUUAAUAAAUUACAAAAAUACUAUGGAUUGGCGAUUACCAGACACCAAGAUAAUGUUGACGAAAUGUAUAAGGAAAUUUGGGCCACAUUUUUUCAUUUGUGUUCGACUGACAAGAAUCCAAACCAUGGAAACUGCCCAGCAGGCGCGGAGAGCUGGUGCACAUAUCGCAGAGCAGAGGCUCAAGGAUUAGACAUGUCGAUAUUCCAACACAACUAUCGUCCUUUAGACCCACAGGUUGAAGAAGCUCUGAAGCCAAUUUAUACGGACCUAAGUAGACGUGAUUUAUUAGACAGGUGCAAGGGUCGAAACACCCAAAAUAACAAUGAAAGUUACAAUGCCUUGCUUUGGCACUUUGCUCCAAAGCACCUCCACAAUGGUUUAAAAACCAUUGAACUUGCCAAUUUUCUGGCUGUUGGAAUCUUUAAUGAUGGUUUUCAAUCUAUAUUGAAAAUUUUCCAAAUAAUGAAAGUUAUUAUUGGUCCCAUUGCAAAGGAGUAUGCCGACGAGAGAGAUAGGAAUAGAAUUUACCGAGCGCAGUUACGACAUCAGGCUGCUUCAAAAGAGAGUCGAGCAGCUCGAAGGAAAGCUACAGCGGCCCAGCAGGUACUUUUUGAGGAAGAGGAAGGUCCAUUAUAUGGAUACGGAAUAGCAGAUUAACUUUUACUAUGGUAAAUAUCGUUUUGUCACAAUGAAAUCAGUAACUUUAACUUUAUACGCGUUUUUCUCCAAACGGUAUAUUUCAAAUUUGCUGCAGCUCUAACUUGAAUACAAAUUAUUGUAUCGACUCGAAACUUUUUGCAGUGUAUUCAGUAUAUGUUGUGUCAUACCAUGAACUAGGAUUUUUUUGAUUGGAUGAAAAAUAUCAAUUUGGCAUUAAAAAAACCAUCAUUUUUUUAGGUUAAAUUCACAAUUUUUUUUAAAACUUCGCCAUUUUGUCAAAUUUUGAUAUUUUUCAAAAAUCCUAGUUCAUGGUACGGAGAAUA